UACAAAACUCAUCAAAACGACUCUUAUCUUUAAUAAUACUUUUGAUUGAGCUAUCCGUAAAGAUCGAAAGAUCAUCAACAAAUUUCAAGAUCUUUUGUACAAGGUUUGGUCUACUUUUGGAAUGCAAAAUCUGUGUGGGUUAAUUUGGAUAAGAGGCCAUUUGGAUGCUAUUAAUUAAUUAAUCAACAGCGCCUGACCUCUUGCAUUAUUAUCAUGAAAGUAGAGACAGCGUACAAUGUGGAUAAAAACUCAGAAAUCCUAUGGCCACAAUUCAAAGCAGCAGUGGACGACAACAGAAAAAAAAGAAAGAAAAAGAGAAAGCAAAAUUGGCUGUUACUGUUAGGAACGGGAAGAAGAAAGAAAAAUAGAACUCCAAAAGAAAGGAAGAAAGAAAAUGAUGAGGCAGUAUUCUUUGAGUCUCAUCCCUCAGGCUUCUUUACCUUGCUUUUCUCCCCAUCACGCCAGGAAUAGCGUUAUUAUCAAUAGCUCAUUUACAUCGCCAAAGUUCCUUUCUAGUUUCCAUGUUGCACCAUCAGCUUAUCACAUUACCAAGCAACAUAGCCACAACAAGAAGCAGCAAACAAUAUGCAGCAACAGCAGCAGCAGCAGAAUUCUGCCCAUCUCAAAGGCUAGUGAUGGGGGCUUCUUCAACAGCGGCAGCAGCAGCAAAUUGUCCAUUCAACUUGGGGCACUUGUGGCCAUUCUUGUGCAGCCAGGAGCAGCAUAUGCAGUUACAGGGGUGAAUAAUGAGGAAGAUCUCACCUGGACGUUGAUCCAAGUAGCCAUUGUUGCCUUUUGGUACUUCAUUAUCAUGCCUCCUGUCAUAAUGAACUGGCUAAGGAUAAGGUGGUACAGAAGAAAACUGCUGGAAAUGUAUCUGCAGUUCAUGUUUGUCUUCCUCUUCUUCCCAGGGGUAAUGUUAUGGGCGCCAUUUCUCAACUUCAGGAAGUUCCCAAGAGAUCCAUCAAUGAAGUACCCUUGGUCUAAACCCGAAAAUCCUUCCCAAAUCAAGAACGAUUACCUCAAGUACCCUUUUGCCUCUCCUGAAGAUUAUGAAUAACAGAUAAAAGAAAACAACAAAGACGGACCUGAGAACCUCUUCCUCUUUUAUUGAUUCACUCACUGAUUAUAUGUUUUAAACUAAAUAUAAUUUCUUUUACCCAUUGAUCGUUGCUCUAAGCAUAUGUACAACGCACUGCAGUAUCCACUUCCACCAGAAACAAAAGAUACAAGAGUAUCCACUCACUUAAUGCAAUAUUAGCGCAGCAUUAGGAUUCGACUAUUGUUGUUACAUAGAUGCUAGAUGCGCCUUCGAGACCGAUUUCUACGGACUGAAUUUUUUUAUCUAUGGAUUUUAGGAUAGUUUUCUCGAAAUUCUUGAGUAAAGGAUAUCUUUGAUG